AUGCCGUACGUCCGCGUGACAGCACGCACGAGUGGCGCCUGCUUCGUGCCCGACGAACUCUCGGAAUCUGAGCGCAACGACGACGACGACGACUGCCACAACGCGGAUCCUCCUCCUCCAUCGUCAUCGUCGUCUGCUUCUCAACCGCCGCCGGUGUCGGGCGACGCCUCCGCGUCCAACGACGACGCCGCCGCCGUGUCCAACGAUGACGUGGUCGAGUUGCCGACGGAGGAGGACAAGUCCCUGUCCCUGGCCACGCUGGAGGGCCAGUUCCCCGGCGCCGUGGGCCUGCAGUACCGGACGAGCACGGGUGCCUUGCGCGGGGUCCGGAUUUGCGACGGGCACUUGAAGGAGCCCGAGGACGGAUGGAGGGACACGUUGUAUUACUGCGUGUUUCCGGGCGGGAAGGGAUGUUGCGUGCCGCACGGGGACCAAAUGAAUGGGGACAAGAGGACGAAGGUGCUGAAGGAGUGCGUGGACUUGAUCGUUCUCGGGAUACCGUAUUCCACGUCGCCGGAUGAGCUGGCCGAGUACUUUGAGCAGUUUGGUGCCGUCGCUACGGUUGAGGUGAAAACGAACCCAGUUACGGGGAAAUCGAAGGGUUUCGGGUUCGUGCGGUUCAAGGAAUAUUCGGCCCAGGUGCGGGCGCUGAGCGCACGGCACAACAUUGGCGGACGGUGGUGCAACAUCAACCUGCCCAAGAGCAAACACGAUCCGUCCGAGCCGGAAACCGUGUCGCUUCCGAACCGGAUAUUCGUGAGCCGCAUCCCCCCGGGCAUCACGGCUUCGAGUCUCCGCGACUACUUCGUCAACUUUGGCGAGAUUGAAGACGUGUUUGUGCCGAAUCCGCCGCGAGGAUUCGCCUUUGUCACGUUUCGAGACCUGGACGUGGCCGAGAAACUCGUGGACGGACAGCAUUUCGUCAACGGCGUCUCUGUGAAUGUGUCGCUGGCCAUGACGAAGGACUCUUGCUUUGCCGCGGGUCUGGGCAAGGCGCCGUAUCGUUGGCGCACGAGUGCGCCGCAACAACGCCAGCAGCAGCAGCCACACCAUCAUCAACAACACCACCACCACCCGAACGCCGCCGUGUCGCCAGUGUAUCACCAUCAAAUGCAACACCAGCCGCAGCAGCAUCAGCAGCACCAUCAUCAUGCUCAUCAUCAUCAGCACGCGGACCACGCGGCGGCGUCGUGGGGCGUCGCGAUUCAUCCGGCGGCUUGCGGGCGUGGCGACGAACACCACGUGGACGGCGGCGAACUUCACAGUGGUUUCGGCUACGGAGCGGAGAAAACUGCCGCCGUUGGCUUCGUCAGUGCUGCGGAGCCGUUUCCGCGAUACGGGACUCAGUUCACAUUCCGGAAUUUCUCGACGCCGUCCACGGCGACAGCGGCGACUAGCUACAUCAAGACCGCCGCGGCGCCGACUGCGGCGCUCAUCGCGCAACGCACCUCUCUGCGGCGGCCCGUGGGCGCCGUCACGCCAGCCGGAAUCGCGAAUCCAUAUCGAUGA